AUGAAACCAGCAGCAAGCCCAUCAACGCUGUUUUUUUCGACAACCACCACCAGUACCAUCCUCAUCAUCAUCAUCAUCAUCAACAACAACAACAACAACAACAUCAACAACAUCAUUAUCAUCAAUCAUCAUCAUCAGCAGCAGCAGCAGCAGCAACAACAACAACAAGUGUACGAUAACUAUGAGCACCUGCACAACGGCAACUGUCUUUCUCUGACGGAACAUCCAAAGAUGGACCGUCAGCUUAUCCUCUACGCUCCGAAGGUGGCUUCCGAGAAGGAGUACACCAAUGUCACCGAAUUCUGGAUCAAUCCUGCCUUCGGUGUCAACCGAUCGGGGCGUGGGCCCAAUCGGCGUCGAGUGAACAUGAUUGGUCGAUUGCAGCUCACACAAAUCGGCUGUGAAGAGGAGAGUCUGGCGAUAGUUCAACUACGCCAGCUACGGGUGCAAGAAGCCAUUAUCAAGAUCAUCAAAACCCGUAAGCGCCUGACCUACAACGAAAUCUACAAAGAGAUUAUCCUGUUGCUGAAGGAUCAGUUCAUCCCCUCGAAACGCCUACUGAAGGAGGUUCUUGAGUGGCUGAUUGAACAGCACUACCUUCGGCGCGAGGCCAAAGAUAUGGAUACUUUUGUGUAUAUUUCCUGA